AUGCUUCCUCACCAGCAGCAGCAGGGAUGUGGGCAGCUGCAGCAGCAGCAGCAGCAGCAGCAGUGGCUGCUGCGGCUGCAGGAGGAGCAGCAGCUCCACCAGAAGCGACACGAGCGGCUGCAGCAGCACUGGCUGCAGCAGAUCCAGCAGCAGCAGAUUCGCUAUGACAGGCAUCUGCUAAAGCAGCAGAAGUCCCAGCAGCAGCAGCAGCAGCAGCCUGAAGAGCAGCAGCAGCAGCAGCAGCAACGCCGGCAGCAGCAGCUGCUCUUGCAUGUUCUGGACACCCCCGUGUUGGAAGGACUUGUUCUCAAGAGAGGAAAUGCUUGGCCAUACAGCUGGAACACGCGUUUGGUGCGUUUGUCCCCGCCUUACCUUCUCUACUAUGACGAGGGGGCCCCCGGGGGCCCCCCCUGUACCCUUUCUGGGUACGGGGCCCCCAGUGCCCCGGGGGGCCCCUGGGGGGCCCCCCGGGGGGCCCCCCGGGGUUUGCUGCGGCUGAGUGAAAGCAGCCUUGUGCUGCGGCCUUCGCUGCUGCUGAGCUGCUUGGGGCAGCAGCAGGUUUACUUUGUUGCUGCAGUGGGCGAUGCUGCUGGGCUUUGCUGCAGCUGCUGCGGCCGCUGCAGCAGCUGCAGCAGCAGCAGCAGCAGCAGCAGCAAGAGAGGCGCCUGCCUCUGCAGCGACCUGGCGCUGCUGCGAGGCAGCAGCCAGGAGGUGCUGCGGUGCCGCGAGCAGCAGCAGCAGCAGCAGCAGCAGCAGCAUGAAGGUGGCGCCGCAAACGCUGAGUGCUGCUGCUGCGGGGCGGGUGCAGCAGCAGCAGCAGCAACAGCAGCAGACACAGAAAGACGCGGGCGAGGCUCCCUCUUGGGAGGCAUUUUUUCUUUCUGGAGGGGCAGCCGGCAGCAGCAGCAGCAGCAGCAACAGCGAGAACAACAGCAGCGGCAGCAGCAGCAACAGCAGCAGCAGCAGCAGCAGCAGCAGCAGAAGCUAGAGAGCUCUGGAGAUGGGGCUCUGUGCAGGUCACCUGAGGAAGCUAAGGUAUACGCGGCACAGGAAAGUUGGCCUGCUGCUUCUGCUGCUGCUGCUGCUGCUGCUGCAGCUCCCGCUGCUGCUGCUCCAGUUGCUGCUGCUGGUGCUCGGCCACUCGAGAAGAAAAGGCCUUCGCCGCUGUCUGAAGCUCUUGUCGAUUUGCAGGGUUCUUGGGACGCAUGCACUUCUCCUGCAGCAGCAGCAGCAGCAGCGGAAGCAGCAGCAGCAGCAGCAGCAGCAGCAGCAGCAGCAGCAGCAGCAGACCCCGUUGCCGUGGCGGGGGCCUUCGUUAAGGUUUUCGGUGCAGCAAGCACUCCCAAGUUUCUGUUUGCUUUCAGCAGCAAAAGAGAUCAGCGCAUGUGGGCUGCUGCUCUCCAUGCUGCGCGAACUGCUCCCCCUGCUGCUGCUGCUGCUGCUGCUGCUGCUGCUGCUGCUGCUUCAUCUAGAGUCUCCCCAGCAGCAGCGCCAGCAGGGGGAAGGACAGCAGGACUGGCAGCAGCAGCAGCAGCAGCAACACCAUCACCGCUGCGAACAACGAAGUCGCAAAUGACAACGCGAGCAGCAGCAGCAGAAGCAGUAGCAGAAACAGCAGCAGCAACAGCAGCAGCAGCAACAGCAGCAGCAGCAGCAGCAGGAAGGGGAUUGGGGCUUGAGGGGAAAAAAAGGAGGCAGCGGCGAAGACCCAGCAUCAGCUUUACUUUGAGGCCGCACUUGACUGCAUCUCCACGCCUGCAGCAGCAAGACGCAGCAGCAGCAGAAGCAGCAGCAGCAGCAGAAGCAGUAGCAGCAGCAGAAGCAGUAGCAGCAGCAGAAGCAGAAGCAGCGGAAGAUGCAGCAGAAGCAGCAGGAGAAGCAGCAUCAGCGGCAGUGGCAUUCGUGCCCACUCCGAGGGCUCACGCAGCGGUAGAACCAGCAGCAGCAGCAGCAGCAGCAGCAGCAACAGCAGCAGCAGCACAUGAGUGCUGCUGGAGCAGCACGCGCUGCAGCGCGUCCGGGGCCCCUUCCACCUUAGUGCCCUCUGAGAGCGCUAAGACCACCCGCAUCGCUGCUGCUGCUGCUGCUGCUGCUGCUGCUGCUGUUCCUGCUGCUGAACUGCGUUAUCCGCGACACUGGCAGCAGCAGCUGCAGCAGCAGGAGCAGCAGGCGCUGCUGCGAGCCUUCCCAUUGGCUGCAGUUCGGCCGCAUCGUAUGACUUCAGGAGUGCAGCAAGAAGCUGAGCAGCAGCAGCAGGAACAGCAGCAGCCACGGCGGCAGCAGCUGCAGCAGCUGCAGCAGCAGCAGGCACCCAGCUGCUUAGAUGCCUUGCUGUUCCUGCUGGAGCGACAGGAGCAGCACCUGCUGCAGCAGCAGCAACAGCAGCAGCAGCAACUUCUCAGGGAGCCCGAGAGAAUGCAGCUGCUUGGAAAUGCCAUAACCGCCGUGAAGGACGCCAUGCAGCGGGAGCAGCAGCAGCAGCAGCAGCAGCAGCAGCAGCAGCAGCAGCAAUGCGGCAUAUCACCCCUUGCUGCUGACAGAGAACUGCUGCAGGCCCUAGUAAAGGCCCAAAUGGCGCUGCUGCCUACAGAAGCGUGCGCCGGUGCUGCAGCGCAUGCAGCAGCAGCAGCAGCAUGUGCUGCAGCGCACUGUGCUGUUGCUGCUGCAGCAGCAGCACCGCUAAACGCCGUGGCUGCUGCAGCACGGCGCUCCCCCCCUGAGGUUUCCUGUGAGGAAGCCAUUUGCCCAGCAGCAGCAACUGGUUUUGCUGCUGCAGCAGCAGAUCAAGCAGCUGCUGCAGCAAGCGAAGGAACAUGCUGCGAGCAUAAACAGAGUAGUGCGGACCGAGCUGCAGCAGUAGCAGCAGCAGUAGCAGCAGCAGAAGCCGCAACGGAAGCAGGUACAACCGCUGCUGCAGCAGAUGCAGAAGCAGCAGCAGCAGCAGCAAAUGUAGCAGCAGCAGCAGAUACGGAAUGUGUGUCUCACAGUGCUGCACCUCACCCCGGAGACAGGCCUUACAAUGAAGACGAACGCUGUUUGAGUUUGUCCGGCCGCAGCACGAGCAGCAACAGCAGCAGCAGCAGCAGCAGCCACAGCAGCAGCCACAGCAGCAGCAACAGCAGCAGAACUAGCUUGGGAAAUCCAGCUUUUGCGGCGCUUGACUUUUCGGGGGCCCCCGAGAGGCCCCCUGCGCCAGAUGAAGCAGCUUCGGCAAUAAGCGUGACAAAGACGGAGCUGCAGCAGCAGGAAGCACAGCAGCAGCAGCAGCAGCAGCAGCAGCAGCAGCAAGUUGAGGAGGAGACCGAUUUGCUGCAUUCGCUGGUGCUCGAGCUGCUCGACCGGCUGCAUCUGCAGCAGCAGAAGCACCCGGAAGACACAGAGGAUGCUGCAGCAAUAGCACAGUUGAGAGAGGACUUCGUUGCUGCUUUGCUGCAGCAGCAGCAGCAGCAGGAGGAGCCGCAUCAGGACGUGUACGGUGAGGAGCAGCAGCAACUGCUGCAGCAGCAAAGGCUGCUGCUGCAGGACCAGUGGUGGCGUGAGGCUGAGCGGGGAAAAGGGCGCAAGGAGGCAGCAAUGCUUCGGGAAGCAAAAGCAGCAGGCUGUGCUGCUUCAGGAAUAGCAGCAGCAGCAGCAGCAGCAGCAGCAGCAGCAGCAGGGCGUGAGACGCAGCAGCAACUGCUGCUGGUCCCGCCUGACGCUGUGGUAUUCCGUCUUAACACUUCUGCUUCUGAGAGCUCGCGAGGCUGCAGCGAGGCAGAAGACUAG